GGCGGAUUCCUUCGUCGGCAGUGAGGGGGAGGGCUCAACGAGCACGCCAUAGAAUGCCCCGGGCCUUGCGCAUGCAGUAUCGAGUAUGUAUGUAGGUACUGCACAAUCAAUGCCCCGUCGGUACUUGUCGCCUGCGCGAGGCAGCUCUCAAAUUAUCUCGGACGGAGGGCUUUGCUGGGGCGACGCUAGCCACGAUCUCCACGGCCGACCCAUGCUCGACCUCUCGUCUUCCCUGCCAAUAGUCAACAGUAGCACUAAGUCUGGGCAGCGCCGGCGCAGCGGGCUUGCAGAUAUUUUCGUACCAAGACGGACUUUUGCGACAGGUAAUAACGGUGGCACAGAAUGCCUCAAUGCGUCGCAGGUGGCCAUACCACCUUCUGGACCGCCUGCGUGGCUUCUGUGUCUGUGCAUACGCUGGCACGAUGCCAUCCCGGUCAAUGAGUCGGUGUCGUCUCCUGCUGACCAGCCAUCGGUCGAGCAAGCGUCUAAUUUCCGCGGGGACCCGUCCUCGGGGGCUAGAGCAUCUCAGCCUUUCUGCAGCGCGCUGCACCACAUGGCAAGCACAGAAUGACGUCCCGGGUGGUGGCGGCGAGCGAACAGAGCAGAGGUGGGAAAUGAGAAAUGAGGUCAAUCCCAGGGAUCCCCCCUUCUUAGGCCCCUCCCGCUGCAGGUGCCUGGGCAGCUGAGGUAGCAGCCCGGCGGAAGCUCCCUGCUUAGCGAUGUCUCGUAGCGCCGA